UCUCACUUAAUGACUGAAACUUGUCACAGAGGGAAAGUCAGUAGAAGUGUCUCUAGUAUUAAACUGGACAUCAAUUAUCAGGGAACUUUGGCCGGCGAGCAUUUAACCGUGGCCCAGGUUAACCAGAGAGACUUCCUCAGAGCUGCACCUUUCGCUUGUUCUGAAUAUUAAGAUGGAGUGGCGCCAGCAGAGCAGCGUCAGCUGUAAAGACGCCUUCACCGAGGCUCGGCGCUGGAUUGAGGAGGUGACUGGAAAAUCUUUUGGCUGCAGCGACUUCCGGUCUGCCCUAGAAAAUGGAGUUCUGCUUUGCGACUUAAUCAACCAGUUGAAACCUGGGAUUAUCAAACGGAUGAACAGACUUUCCACACCCAUUGCUGGCCUGGAUAAUGUGAAUGUUUUUCUGAAAGCCUGUGGAAAACUUGGACUAAAUGAGUCCCAGCUGUUCCAUCCUGGUGACCUUCAGGAUCUUUCCACUCGGGUGACACUCAGGCGUGAUGAAAGCCAGAGAAGGCUGAAGAAUGUUCUUAUCACAAUAUACUGGCUGGGUCGCAAGGCUCAGUUUGACACAUACUACAGUGGUCCUCAGCUAAAUUUCAAGGCUUUUGAGGGGCUUUUAGGAUUGGCCUUGUCCAAGGCUCUAGAAGAAGGCAGUAAUACAUCUGUGAAAGAUGGGGUUUACAAGGAGUGCCACUACUCAGAGGGAGAGCAAAGUCUGCAAACAAGACAGAAUUAUGAUAGAGGAAAUUCAGUGGAUGGCUUUGAGUGUGUGGAUCCCCAAGCCGUCCGCCUAAAUGAAGAAGGUUUUGAAAGUGACGCUGAAGCAGAGCAAGUGUACAAGAUGGACAGCACGAAGGUCUCAGCCCACCUGGACAAAGGACAUAUCCCACCACCGCUUCGUAGAAAACAGGAACGGGAAGAGAGCAUGGUGGGCCAAAUCCCAAGAGCGUAUCAAACCCAAAUCAGGCCUGAGACACCAGUUCAGGUCAACCCUGGCUGGAUUUGGAGCAAAUCCCUCAGUGACAUCCCUAUGGUGUAUCCUGCGCGUAAAGUUUCAAAUGGAAAUGCCAUUUCUGAUAAAGGCCAAGACACCAGCCUGCCGAGGGACUGGAAUCUAGAAAUUGAAAGAAAAUAUAGCAUAGGUGCCAGGGACAGCGAAGCUCAGUGGCAGGAUGAUUUGACGAGGUGGAAGAAUCGACGCAAGAGCUCAAAGCCUGAACUGUACAGGAGGUCAUUUGAAAGGGAUCAUGUCUUCAACCAUUUGACCAAUGGGACUGUAACCAAUUCUGAUGGUAAUGAAGCACCAGGAGGGCCCAUAAAGAGAGACCAGUCGCCAUGGCGACACAGCUCCUCUCCCCGUCCUUACUCUGUUUCUCCAUCCAAACCUCUGAGCUCUGAUCUCAGACCACAUACUAAAGUUAUUUUGACCCGCAGCUACACUACUGAAGCAGCUUUCAGCUCUCAAAGCCAUUCUCGGGAGUCUCAACUUGGAGGCAAGCCUGAAUCUGGCGGGUCCAUCAGAGGAGAGGAAACUUACUUUGCCUCUUUGGCUGCAGAUGGAAGAGACAGAGUUACCACCCCUUCUCUAUACCAAACUUUCACCACUCAAACCCAAGUAAAAUCUCUGGGCAACCAGUUUACCUUUCCUUCCACAUCUGAGCAAACACAACCAGAGUGUGUUUUGCCAUACCAGAACUCCUCUCUUGCGAAAUUCACAAAACCAGGACUAUUUGAUAGUAAAGAAUCCACGAGAAGCUGCAACGCUGCUUUGUACAAACAUUCCUUUAGCACUGAGCCAAAAGGGAGAAUUUGUUCUCCAGAUGUAGCUGGUGAAUCAGGAGUUACUGUAACAGAGGAUCUGACGAAUCGGAUCAAGAAAUCUCAAGAAACUCCCAAAAUCAUUGAUUCAGCUGAGGAUGGAGUAACUUGUCAGCAGGAGUCUGCAGGGGUCUCGAAGUAUUUGUCCAGAAGUACAACAUGGUCCAGUUCUGCCAGCCUUCCUCGUGGGUACCGUCGGUCUGAGGGUUCCACUCGUCUCUCUUCUGCAAUCACAGCCAGACCUUUUGGGACAAAGCCAUCCAGACACUCACUACCAAGACAAUCCAAUGUUGAUGGUCAGAGUUUGAUGUCAAACACUGAGGAUUCACAUUCCUCAUUCACCAGACCAUCUCUUAAAAGACAGACUGCUGCAGCUCACCUGAGGGGUCAGUACCAGGCCUCAAUUAGGCAGAAGAAGUCCAACCAGGUGAGGCAGACUGCUACCGCACAGAAAGAGGAAGUGAACAGUCAGCCCUCCACCCACCUACAACCUCAACCUUCUGCAAAACAACAAUCUCGCCACAACAAAAGCUUGGUUCUUGCGUAUAAUGCCAGUGCUGACCUCUCAAAGGUUGAUCACAGUGACAUGAGAGUGAGCUUGACUCUUAAACCGAACAGUGUACCAGACUUUGGCUUCCAAACUCAGUGGGACUCCACAGGAGUAAAAAUAAAAUCUAUUCAACCAGGCAGUCCAGCGGAGCACUGCCAGCUGUGUGUGGAUGAUGAGGUUGUGGCAGUUGACGGUGUUGCACUUGCAUACAUGACCUACAGUCAAUGGAAGGAUAAAAUGGCGUCCUCUCUGCAAACCGGUAGUCUAACCAUGGACAUUCGGCGUUAUGGUAUCAAGGAUUGGAGCAUGAAUAAAGGAAGUAAUCUAAACCGGCCAGGACAGAGCAUGUUGACCCUCAACCUGACUUCUGCAGCACCUGUUUUAAUAGGUCGCUCCAAUCACCAUGCCAACAAUGCAGCCUCUACAGAAAUGACAGACACACAAGAAUCCCAAUUUAAUGGGCAGACAGAUGAUGAAACCCAAGAGAAGGCCAUCGGUGCGCUGUUCUCUGGCAAUGCCACUAAUGUCGGACGUAAAGAAAACAAUAGUAUAACUACAGAAAAUCAGAAAAAGAGGACAGAAUUUUUCACACAGAAAGGCUUUGCAGGAAUCAGCUCAUCAGUUUACUUGUGUGGAGGCUCAGAAUCGGCAAUAUCUGAUAUUCAGGUGCCCUCCCUUAACCCAUCCUCAUCCAGCUGGUCUUGGGACCGAGAGGAGGAUCGUAGGCGUCAGGAGAAGUGGCAGGAAGAGCAAGAACGCCUCCUACAGGAACAAUACCAGCGAGAUCAAGAGAGGCUGGAGGCAGAGUGGCAAAGGGCACAACAGGCUGCAAUAGAAGGGGGGAUGCUGAAGGGGAACACAGCUGAGCAGGCGAGUGGCCGCGAGAAGUUUGUCAGUUCACAGCUUUGUGUGAAUGGACUGAUGAAAGAAACAAAAGAUGAGAAGCUGAACCUCAACAGAGAUGAUGGAAAAGAUGCAGAACUAAAACGUUCCAAUGAUGCACACAGAGUGCAGAAUAACACGAAUACUGAAAAUGAUUGGGCUGAGGGCUCCCAUGGUUUUGCUCAGCUGUCCCAUGCGCACAGGGCAAUGUCCAUGUCAACUCCAUCUCUAUCUGGACCAUACAGACAAACAAGAGGUUUAGUUGAUCCAAGGAAGGGAAGAGCACUGACUAUGUCAAAGGCUGAGAGAGAGAGACUGCAGAUUUUGGAGGAGAUGAAGAAAAGGACUCAGCUUCUGACUGACAACAGCUGGAUACGUCAGCGCAGUGGCAGUUUUCACAAGGAGCCAAUCGAGGUUGGCACGUUCAUGAAGAGAUAUGAGUCUCUGGACAACCUGGAUAUUUUGCAUCAGGCCCCAGAUUCUGCUGCAACAUUUACUUACCCUCGCCCCAAUUCAGCUGCUGCAGUUUACAAUUAUCAGAGUAGGAAUGCCUCCACACGCUACAGCACUGGAUCAAUAUCAUUUCAGAGAAAUGCAAACAUGGAGUCCUCUCAUCAUGCCAGGAUGAUCAGUGGCAGGAGGACUUGCUGUAUGUGUGAACGUGCCCUGGGUAGUGGGGCAGCCAUGGUCAUAGAUGCCCUUAGUCUCUGUUUCCACCUGACCUGUUUCCAGUGUGUGGGCUGCCACCGACACAUCGGAGGAACAGAAACUGGAGUCCAGGUUCGCAUCCGAAACAGGAAGCCCUACUGUGACUACUGCUAUUUCCAACUGAAGUGUGAGUGUUGGACUUUGCAAGACUGACUGACCCUGACUGAUUCACCCAAGAUAAGGAAAAUAAAAAACCUCACAGCUUAUAUACAGAAGCGUAUAUAAGCUUCUGUAUAUAAGAAAUAUUCGGUCUUCGAGAUUAAUUUUCUUUCUGUAAAGAAAAGAAUAAUCCUGUAGAGCAGCGUCAUUUUGAAAAUGAAACCUAAUUUUCUCUGUUCUAUUUUAGACACUGCCUUCCACAUGUGACCAACACACUGUGCCCCAGACACAAGAAUAAACUGUGGAAAAUAGUGUGACCAUAACAAAUUUACUUUUUUUUGGUUAUCAUUUAUGCAAUAAACUGAGAUUUAUUAGUUUUUGGGACAAACAACCAAAUUAGAUUCCUGCUAGCUGAUUUUUAUCUUAUAGAUGCCAUUGGGCUCAACUGUAUCCCUGCUGACUUAAUUAUAAAAAUGUAGAUUUAAUAUAUAAUUAAAGAAUUGAGUUACAGCUGUCUAAUUACUUGAUUUUUGUGACGUCUAUGUUGUUUAUCACAUCUGUGUGCUGUGUCUACCGUUUUCCCGACAGUGCUGUAAAUGUAUCGGAUAUUUAAGAGGCUGUCAAAUGUGGCACAUUUUAACAACGUACUGAAACACUUUAACAUGUAAGGCCACAUGGUGCAUGAUGGGAUAUGUGUUAUCUUGAUUAAAAUGUGAAUAAAAGUACACUAAACAUAA